UUCAAAAAAAUGCAUAUGCCAGGCACAAGCAAAGGAGGCUUAGUCUUCUUUGUACUCGUACAAAUUAUUUUGUUGGUGCUUUUUGCAUUUUUCACAGAUUAUGACAGUAAAUUGUUACCCAAUAAGGGCAACGCCACCCGAGAUGAGCCAGCUCUCGUCCAAAAAUAUCCUCAUUUCGAGGAUAUUCACGUGAUGAUUUUCAUCGGUUUCGGAUUUUUGAUGACAUUUUUGAAGAAAUACGGUUACAGUGCCACGGGUUUCAAUUUAUGGGUUGCCGCUUUGGUGAUUCAAUGGGCCAUUCUUAUGCGAGGCUUCUUCGCAAUGAUUCAUCACGGAGGGCACAUCGGCGUUUCGCUGGAUAGCAUGAUUGGCGCUGAUAUAGGAUCCGCUACUGUUCUCAUCUCCAUGGGAGCUCUCUUAGGUCGCAUCACGCCCAUUCAGUUGCUCACAAUGGGUCUCAUUGAAAUUGUGUUCUUCGCUGGAAACGAAUACCUGAACGUUGACUUGUUCCGUAUCACCGAUGUCGGCGGCAGUAUCACAAUUCAUGCUUUCGGUGCGUAUUUUGGACUUGCCUGCAGUUUGGUGCUUCGUCCCUCGAGCGCGAAUGCCGUAACGGGCGAAAAUGAAGGAGCCUCCUACACUUCGGAUAUUUUCGCGAUGGUUGGAUCGGUGUUCUUGUGGAUUUAUUGGCCGUCGUUCAACAGCAUUUUGGUUGAUGGAGAUCAGCAGGAACGUGCCAUUUUGCAUACGUAUUUGUCGUUGGCUGCUUGCACUGUGACGACUUUCUGCAUGUCUGCGUUGUUGAGCAAGGAGAAGAAAUUCGACAUGGUUCAUGUGCAAAAUUCAACAUUGGCUGGCGGAGUUGCUGUCGGAUCUGUUUGCAACUUGAUUUUGCAUCCAUGGGGAGCGAUCAUGAUCGGCAUCAUUUCGGGAGUGUUGUCCGUUGUGGGAUAUGUUUACAUUACGCCCUUCUUGUUCUCAAAACUCCGUCUCGCCGACACAUGUGGCGUCAACAAUCUCCACGGAAUGCCAGCUGUUUUGUCUGCGAUUUUCAGUGCAAUCUACGCUGCCUCCGCUACAAAAGAGACCUACGGUAAUCAAUUGAUCGAUAUUUUCCCGGCAAUGAAACAAGUUGGCAAUAACACCGAAGAACUGGAGUAUGUCAUUGGAGGUUAUAAUCGUACAUCAACUCAACAAGGCACAUAUCAAUUAAUUGGAAUUGUUGUUACAAUUUGCAUCGCAGUAGCCGGCGGAGUAAUUAGUGGACUCAUCCUAAGAUCCCCUCUCUGGAAUCGUUUGGAUCAUAUUGAUUUGCAUCGUGAUGAUGUCCAUUGGAUUAUUGAAGAGGAGGAACACGAAAAGAAGGCACAUCAUAACAACACUGAGCUUCAUGAACGCAAAGCACAUGAUAAUUUAAAUUUUAUUGAUUCCUAAAUUGAUAUUUUGUUCUUUUUUUUUUUCGUCUGUUUGAUGUCGUAUGUAGAUUUGCUGACCCCCUUCACUUUUUUCUUUGAUUAUAAUUUUGUUUGAAUUUUCAAUUUUAUGAUCAAUGUUGAUGUGUAUGCAAUUUUUCUCCUCUGUAAUAAUAAAUAUUUUACU